GAAAAGCAGAAGAAGUAGAAAGAAUUAAUAAAGAAAAUCUUAGAUUAAAAGCUGAGCUUGACAAAUUAAAUGAGAGAAUAAAAUCUAAUCAGUUUGGAGCAGCAGUAGAGAAUCUACAGGCCUGUGUUGAGCUAAAAAGGCUGAUGCUGAGCAAAGAUAGAGAUGGAUAUCAGAAACUCCUGGAAGAGCACAACCUAUUGAAAAAACAAAAUAAAAGCUUGAAGAAUGAAAUGGGUCACCUGCAAUGGCAUGGGCAUUCUAAAACUACUCAUCAGUGUUCUUUUUAUAGUCCAAUCACUGUUAGUGCACAAGAUAAAACUAUAAGUAGUGUAUCUGAGCAUGGGGAAGAUACUGAAGGUGUUCAAUUGGUUCUCAGGCUCCACCAGAAGGUAAACGAAAUGGAAAAAGAAAGAAUCGAGUUGCAGAAACAAGUGGAAGAGAGCAGUACAAUCAGCUGCAACUUGAAGUUGACAGAUGGCGAGAGGAAUGCAUUCAGUUACACAGUAUUCUAG